GAAUAAAGCUUGAUCAGUUGCCAAUUGAGAUUCUAUUUCUUAUUUUCAAUAAUUUGGAUGCCAUAUCAUUAAAUGCAUUACGGAGCACUACCUAUCGUAUGCAAAAAUUAAUUGAUGAAUAUAUAUUGCACAAGAUAGACGUAAAAAUAUGUCAAAAUGAUUUGCAUUCAGUUGUAUUUAAAAUCAUUUAUGAAUUUAUGGAUAUUGUAAUUGAAUCAGAAGCUAAAAAGAUUGAUUUUUUAAUGAACUAUCAUGGAAUACAUUAUGGAAAUAUAUGUUGUGAAAUGGAAAACUUUAACGUAGUCGCGGACGUGAUGCUUAUCCUGCUAAUGAGUACAAACAAGAACUUAAGCAAACCAGUUGCGGAUAUCGCAAAUACGUUUUUUCACUAUUCAAUAUUUAAACUAACUAAAGAGUACAUAAAACCUGAAUAUACAAAAUAUACAGUAUGUCUCAAUAACGAUCUUGACUUUGUUUUUGAAGAGGAUCAUAAGGACGAUUUGGACAUUCCGAAAGCAUUUCGGUUAGCAACUAUGUUCUUGCAGAAAAUAGAUGUCAACUGGACUCGAAAAAAAGAUAUGUUUACAAUGGGAACUAUGGAACAGUACAAUAAAUCAAUAAUAAGUAUAAAAUUAAGUGGGCCCCUGGAGGUAUUGAAAUUAAUACAUGAAAAUAGUGACUACAAGAACAUCGCAAGAGUUCUAAAUAUUGUGGUCAUGGAUAAAGAUCAAAAUAUAACUUUUAAAUAUUGUUUCGAAAAGUACAGCGUAAGACUUCAACAAAAAAAAGUUAUUACAUAUUACUUCAAUUCAUUUGGGCAAGUGAAAUCUGCAAUAUUUUAAUU